AAGUGAAAAUCAAAAUAAAAGGAAGAACAAAACGUGCAACGCUGAAGCGCCUCCAUCCCUGGUCGCAUUUUCGCGAAUUCUCCCCGGCUUCCCACUUCUCAAUUCCGCUCGUGCGAUUUCGGCGGCUCUUUUAUCCCGGAUUGUCUUCGAUUUUGACCUGAACACGCACAUAAACUCCUCGAAAAUGGAAGCAGCCAUCCUGGAACUAAUCAAUGGACUCCUGGCAACGGACACGGAGCGGAUUCGCCAGUCGACCGCCGAGUUGAAUAAGGCAUACGAGAAUCCCGACACUCUGCUGUGCCUCACCCAGAUCGUGACGUCGAACAAUGAGAUCCAGGUGCGCCAGUUCGCCGCCGUGCUCCUGCGGAAGCGACUGAACAAGCUGCGCCACUGGCAGAUGGUUCCCGCCGAGCACCAGGCAGCCAUUAAAUCAACCAUGCUGCAGGUCCUCAUCACGGAGAAGGAGAAGAGCGUGAAGAGCGCGGUGGCCCAGCUGGUGGGCACCUUGGUGCGCCACGAGGCGGAAAAGGAGGACUCCUGGAUGACCGAGCUGCUGAAGUUCGUCUACGAGCGCUGCAGCAGCGCCGAUCCCAAGGAGAGCGAGCUGGGUGCCUCCAUCUUCUCCACGCUCACGGACUCGGCUCCCGACCAGUUCGCCAUGCACAUGGAGACCAUCUUCCAGCUGUUCGCCGGUGUCCUGGUGGCCGCCGAGGCAUCCGGCGACCUGGCCACUCCGACCGUUUAUGAAAUGCUCGUGGGCACGUGCUACCUGCUGCCGUUCAUCAGCGGACACAACGCCGCCGAGCAGACGGUCGUCAAGGCGAUUCCGCUGAUCCUCAAGGCUCUGCAUGCCUUUGCCCAAAAGGGCGAUGAGCACAAUUUCAUGGGUGCCUUUGAUAUCGUGGACAACAUGGCCGAGUAUGUGCCGCAUUUGAUAACCACCAAUGUGAAGCCGCUGCUGGAGUUUAGUUUGGUCAUAGCGGGAAACAAGCAGUUCGAGGAUUCGAUACGUGUCCAGGUUAUCACCUUCAUUGGUGCGCUGGUGCGCCUCAAGAAGAAGGUGAUCAUGAAGCAGAAACUGCUCGAACCCACGCUAGCCGUCAUGUUCGAGGUGAUUUGCCAGGACGACACCGAAGGUGAUGAUUACUUUUCGGGCGAGAGCACCAACAGCCCGGCGAACGCGGCCACGCAGACCCUUGACUUGAUGGCCCUCCACAUGUCGCCGGAGAAGUUCAUUCCGCCGCUGUUGCAGCUGCUGGAGCCGGCGUUGCAGAACCCGAAUCCCGUUUACCGGCGCUCCUCGUUCCUCUGCAUGGGCGUCAUCGCCGAGGGCUGCUCGGAGGCGAUUACACACAAGUAUCUGGAGGUCAUGCUGAAUAUCGUCAAGGCCGGAAUUGCCGAUUCGACUUUGCUGGUGCGCGUCGCCGCCUUCUUCGCACUUGGCCAGUUUGCCGAAUUUCUGCAGCCGGCCAUCUCCAAGUUUGCUCCACAAAUACUGCCCGUGCUGUUCGACUAUCUGAACCAGCUGGUCGUUGAACUCAAGAUGGGUCAGCCGGAACCUAAGCACAUGACUCGCAUGUUCUACGCCUUGGAAACCUUCUGCGAGAAUCUGGAGGACGAAAUAGUGCCCCACAUUCCCGUACUGAUGGAUCGUCUCUUUGCGCUUCUGGAACCCCAGAACUCGAUACAAAUACGCGAGCUGGCCUUGUCGUCCAUCGCAUCGGCGGCCAGCGCAGCCAAGGCGCACAUGAUGGAGUACUUCCCCCGGAUCAUGGGCAUACUGCAGACCUACCUGGUCAAGGAUUGCCCCGAAGACAUGCAAUCUCUGCGCAUCCAGGCCAUCGACACCCUGGCCACGCUUAGUCGCGAGGUGGGCAAGGAUAACUUCAUUGGCCUGGCCGAUGACACCAUGAACUUCUGCCUGAUGAUGCUGCAAGAUGGUCCCGACGAUCCGGACUUCCGAAGGGCCAUCUACGGCCUGGUCGCCGCCCUGUCCUCGGUGGUCAACGAGCGCAUGGCCACGGUUUAUCCCAAGAUCAUGGAUCGCAUACUGGAGUCUGUGAUCUCCUCGGAGGACGUGCUGCCCCUGGUGUCUGAUAAUCCGGACAGGGAUACGAUCCUCGAGGCGGCCAGUGCGGAGAUCGAUCUGGAGAACACGGACGACGAGGACGACGAUGAGGAUUUGGAUGGCUAUCAGGUGGAGAACGACUAUGUCAUCGAGAAGGAGGAGGCUAUUUUGGCCCUGCACGAAUUUGCACUGAACACGGGCGCCGCCUUUGCGCCCUACUUGCAGUCGGCGUUCGAGAAUGUCUACAAGGUGAUCGAUCAUCCGCAGGAGGAGAUCCGCAGGGCGUGCAUCACUGCCAUCUGUGGGUUCAUCACGGCUCUCGACAAGAUGAACGAUGCUGCCGGCGUGGCGCGCGCCAGUGAGAUUGCCAUUCCAAAGCUGGCGCAUAUUCUCCGCUCCGAUGACGAUGUGGAUGUGGGAAUUCACCUGCUCGAGAAGCUAGCCGAUCUGUUCAAGGAUUCCAAGCAGCCGGUCAUAACCAGCCAGGAACAUGCCGAACUGAUCUUCGGCUGCAUCAGGGACGUGUUCGGCAACAAAAUGGCCUGCCAGUUUAACGAGCAGAGCGGCGGUGGCGAUGAAGAGGAGACCGAGGAGAGCGAGAACGAGGAGAUGCUGAUCGAGAAUGCCUGCAAUCUGCUGCCCACCUUUGGCAGCACACUUCAGCCGGAGGCGUUCUCUUUGUACUUUGGUCGCAUCUACCAUUUCUUCCUUCAAAAACUGGCCAAGGCCAAGAAGCAUGACUUGUCUGAGCACCGGGCCUACAUCUAUGGCUCUCUGGCCGACUGCUUCCAGGCGCUGCGCGGCUGCACGGCCACCUAUUUUGAUGCCCUGUGCCCGCUGUUUGUGGCAGGGACCAAGGACUCUGAUGCCAAGGCGCGACAGAACUGCUACUUUGCCCUGGGUGAAAUGGUCUUCUUCGCAGAGGAGAAGUCAUUUGAGUCAUAUCCAGUGAUCUUGCAGGCUCUCUCUGAAGCCAUCAGCUCGGAGUCGCAUCCCUCUGCCUUGGACAAUAUUUGCGGAGCAGUUGCGCGCCUGAUAGUCACCAACCAUGAGGCUGUGCCGCUGGGCCAUGUGCUGCCCGUGUUCCUCAACCAUUUGCCGCUCAAAGAGGACGUCGUGGAGAACGAUAUGAUCCAGAAGGCGUUCCGCGUGCUCUACCUUCAGGCACGGCCCAAUAUUGAGGCAUAUCUGGAGCAGAUGCUGAUCAUCACCAUCGACUCGUCGUACAAGAAGCAGAUGGGAGACGCCGAGACCGCCGAAAGCGCGGUGGCCUUCAUCAAAGAGAUUCGCACCCAGUAUCCGGACAUUUUCAACAAGGUGUCCAACUCGAAUCCGGAGGUCUUCAACUACGUGCAAACCCUGUAAGCACAUUUGUCGGCGCAAAAACCUGGCUAAUCCCCGUACACCUUCCGCCCGCAGAUUGUCCUGUUGGAAUUGAAGCAGGUUUCCCAAAAAAAAUAGAAAGUUUUGUAUAUGAAAAUUCUCAGUUGUGCAGCUUUAGUGGCGUUAAAACAUUCAGGAUAGGUGAUCUUUAAAUUUGCAAGCUGUAGUUUUUCUACCCGCCGAAAAGCAACGGCAACAUGUUUUCUAAUUUAUAGUAUAUGCAUCCAGUGACACUUGAAUAUGAAUAGUCUGAAAUAAACGAAACAAUAAAGG